AUGUUUGAAAAAGAAAAAUUUAAACUUCUCGUUAAACUGCGGGUUGCUUUGGAGAUGAAUCACAAAAAAAGUCUGGUUGUGAAUGGAUUCAUAAAUGUUGUGAUUACUACCAUCGAGCGUCGUUUCGGCCUGCAAUCACGCAAGACUGGAUUUAUCGCAAGCGGCUACGAUAUUGCCAGCUUUUUUUGUCUCGUUCCUGUCUCUUACUUUGGUGGUCGUGUUGGAGCUUCAAAGCCUAAAUGGGUUGGCUGGGGUGUUGUGAUCAUGGGUUUGGGUUUCUUCACUUUCUCACUGCCACACUUUCUUGUCGGCCCUUACAGAGCAGAAAACCCAGAAAAUAAUGUUUGUGGGAACUUAGGAAACUCGACAUCGUCAGAUUGUUCAAUGGAUGAGAACGAGAAAAAUAUUGUCGAAGAUGUUUCGUGGAAUGUUUGGUUCUUUUUUGUCGCUCAACUACUUCAUGGCAUAGGAGCUUCACCGCUAUACACCCUCGGCGUUACUUACAUUGACGAUAAUGUUUCUAAGAAGAUGUCGAGUGUUUAUUUGGCGAUAUUUUACACCAUGGCGAUAAUCGGACCAGCUUUAGGCUACGUUGUUGGUUCACAGCUUCUCUUAUUGUACACUGACUUCAUUACAGUAGAUCCAUUAACACUUGGAUUGACACCUGAAAGUAAAGUUUGGGUUGGCGCAUGGUGGAUUGGAUUCUUAAUAUUUUCAUUCGUAUGUCUACUCGUUGCUAUUCCAUUGAUUGCAUAUCCAAAGACAUUACCAGGUUCAGAAAAGUUACAAAAAAUCUCAGAAGCUCAUAAUGGCGAUAAGCAAAAGUCACAAGCAUUCACCAAACUGAACGAAAUUCCAAAAGCAUUUUUAUCACUAUUAAGAAAUCCAACUUUUUUAUUUCUAAACUUGGCGGGAGCUUCUGAAGGUUUAAUCAUUUCUGGAUUUGCUGUUUUUCUUCCGAAACAAAUCGAGAAUCAAUACUCAGUCACUGCUGUUUGGGCUGCUUUAUUAAUGGGUUUGAUAACAGUACCAGCUGGUGGUGGUGGAACAUUUCUUGGUGGAUAUUUAGUAAAGAAACUCAAACUUUGUUGUUCGGGAACAAUAAAAUUUUGCAUGAUUGCAUCGAUGUUUGCCGCUCUCUUCACAAUUUGCUUUUUCUUGUCAUGUCCUAAUUUAAACUUUGCUGGUGUCACAUCAGCUUAUCAGUCAUCAGAAUAUGCUGAGAGUAAAGCAAUUAUUGGAGAUGGAAAUUAUGAAAGAUAUACUUUGAAGAUGUCAGGACAUGACUUGGACAGUCAAUGUAAUCGACAAUGUGGAUGCAGUAAGAAUAAUUAUGAACCGAUAUGUGGAGCUGAUGGACUUUUAUACUUUUCACCAUGUUUUGCUGGUUGUCGUGUUGAGAAGAGCGUUGACGGUUCAAAAGUCUAUCAGAAUUGCGAUUGCAUUAUAAAUAAUCUUGUGCUGAAUCAUAACAUAAGCAACAAACAUCAACAUAAAAACACAAUUUUCAGAGAUUAUGAUGCUGUCAAUACAAUGUGCGAGUCAAAAUGCAAUUAUUUAGGAAUGUUUGUCGUGCUGUGUUUCUUUGUGAUGUUCUUCACUUUCGUUGCAACAAUGCCAGCUUUGUCAGGGACUUUAAGAUGUGUCGAUGAUAAAAUUCGUUCGUUUGCUUUGGGAAUUCAGUGGAUUGUUGUACGAAUAUUUGGAACAAUUCCUGCGCCUAUAAUCUUUGGAAGGCUUAUUGAUGAAUCGUGCGUUUUAUGGCAAGAGAACUGUGGAUCAGAUAGUGGUGCAUGUUUACUUUAUGACAACAAAGCUAUGGCAAAGUACAUGUUACUGUUAGCACUUGUUGGAAAAGCUUGUUCGGUGCUUUUCUUCUUCCUUGCAUGGUUCUAUUACAUUCCACCGAAAGUUGGUGACAUGACAACAACAAGUGGGAAUCAAUCCGCAACAGCAGACAAAUACGUAAAGAAGGAAGUGGAAAAAUAUUAA